UGUGAGCGAGCCGUUGCGGAGUGUGUGUGCGCCGCGGCUCUGUGCGCUUCUUUUUCCCGCGUUCAUGUGGCAACGUGGGAGUUAGUGCUCUUCGGCAUCGUCCUCGUAGUUAGCGUUGUCUACGACCCGGCAUCACCAUGGCGGUGUGUCUGGUGAGAGACCUGGACAUAGACGUGAGUCUGGCCGCCGAAUGCCUCGUGGCGAUGUCCAACGCUCGACCUCGCGACCCGUACUCGGACUCCGAUCGGCGCAGCCCGCUGUCUCUGAGCACCACGACGGACGGCAGUGACUGCAUGCCCGACGAGCAGGAAUCUCACCUCAAGGACACCUCCAAGUACAUGAUCGCCCGGAUACUGACGGACUUGACGCGGGUACCACAAGAGCCGGUGGGUUCGGCCGCCGCGAGGCCCGUAACCAGCGUUAGGCCUAAGGUACGCGCCGCCUCGAACAAAGCGAUCGUGGCGGCGGCGUCGGCCACACCCGGCGUCCGUGGACCUUCGUCUGCCAUGAAAAAACUCCACAUCUGCAACUUCGAGGGCUGCGACAAAGUCUACGGCAAGAGCUCCCACCUCAAAGCCCAUCUACGCACGCACACAGGCGAGCGACCAUUCCCGUGCACCUGGCCGGAAUGCGGCAAGCGGUUCGCGCGCUCCGACGAGCUGGCGCGUCACUUCCGGACGCACACUGGCGAGAAGAAGUUCGCCUGUCCGCUGUGCGGCAAGCGCUUCAUGCGCUCCGACCACCUGACCAAGCAUGCCCGACGGCACCCGGACUUCCGGCCCAGCAUGCUGGCCUCCAACCGCCGCGGAGGCGGCAACGGCUGUCGCAAGACGACCGCCACCACCACCGCCGACUCCCUGGGAGACAGUUCCGACCACUCUCUGCCUUCGUCUCCCUAGAAAACCUGCCACCAUACUUGCCCCCAGGAGAAAAGACUGUGCAACCAUACUUUGCUGGUCACCCCAGGCAGGAGGAAGAAAGAAAAAACACAAGCUUCGAACGUGUGUGCAGGCUGGACAUGUUUAACUGUCGCACUUGAUGCGUGGUUGUAGCUCACCACGGUUUUUGUGUCCUCACCAUCACACUUUUGUAGCUUACAUUUGUUCCUCAGCUGCUGCCAGUUUUUUUUUUUUCUCUCUUUUUAUUGAUUUGUACGGAUACUGCGGCCUUGCCCAUCCUCUUUGAGGAAAGUGUAGGCUUCAGUGCGUUACAUUGAAUGGAUGCUAGAUUGUUGCCUGCCAACUUUCACUUACUCGAAAAACAUGGCAGUGAAGUUGAAGAUGGGUACUAUAAUAUGGCCACCCCCGUCUUCGACCCCUUCAUAAAAUUUGGAAACACAUUUGUUAAGAUUGAGGCAGUGUAAUAGAGUGAAUUCAAGUCAGAUCUUUUUUUCUUUUUCAUGCUCAUCUUUAAGCACCAUACUGGGACAUCAAUGGUUCAGAAAGCUGGGUUCUUCGCUGUGGGCAGGUGCCCGCUUCUCUCCCUACUUUUUUUUUUUCUGCACUGUUUCCAACACCCCCCACAUGGUCUUUGUGUACAUAGGAUGAUGCCUGCGGGGCAGGUCAGGGUCAAUAGCCGACAUUCAUUGCUGCUUAGUCACAUCUCGGAUCGGCUUUCCUCAAUAGCAAUGCGGGAUCCAGAGCAUUUUCUAAACAACAUCUGUCAACUAUCUCUCUCCACUGAUGUCAUGGCCCUGAACAGGGUGUCCCUGUCCUGUAUGCGUGUACAAUCUUGUUUGGUGACCACUGUGGAGCAUUGUUGAUCGCUGUCUGCUGCACAACCUGGCAAAUGUGUGAAAUGUUGUGAAAGAAUGCGGUGUAUGUGUGGGAACAGUGUUAAUACAUUUUUUUUGCGUGUUUGUAUGUGUGCCUGUCAGUUUAAGAUGUAUAAUGCUUGGAACUGUGCUCACCAAUUGGUGCUGCCUUUCCCCUGUUCAUGUAAAUGAAGCUAAAGUGUUCAACUCAUCAUGUGCACAAUGGCAAUCGGAAGUACACUGGGGGUUUAGUCACCAAGUAGCGUCCUUUUUAUAAAUCGUCGGGACUUUUAUCGGCUCCUCAUUUUGCUCUUGGAAGUUUCAAGAUGUCUCCGGCGCUCUUAGAUAUUUCGGGACAAACUUCAAAGCAGCAGCCAUUGAUCUCGUGUAUGUGGAGCAUGGUGUUAUCAUUUCCAUCUGCCCUGGGUUAGGCAUGCAGUGUGGUGAACAUUUGUUUGGAAAGCUGUUGUCAGCUUUAGUUUGUGCGAAUGCUUUGUUUAUGUGUUGCAAAAGCACUAUGGCUGUGAUUCAUAAUGCACUUUUGUUUUUGUAGUGUGUAGUUGACUGCAUUUUGUCUGCAAUUUUAACAAUAUGGCUGGCCAUAUUAAUUUAGAUUUAAUUGCACCUUUUCUCUCAUAGCUGUUUCUCUACUACAAACCUUAUAUGGCUUAAGCUAUGUUGUGUGUGUGUUUAGGACAGAUAUAGUGUUUCACUUUCUUCCUCAGUCGGAUCAGGCUAUCUCGUGCAUCUCUUCACACCACAUGCAGUUUUUUCCGGGUCUCGCAUCUUGACGCUGGCUUACUUUUGGCAUUCGCAGAUAAACAACACCAUUCCCUGUGGGCCUUUUUGUAUCGUAACAUUUACAACAUAUUGAUGAGGGAGCCAUGACAAUGCAUUACGACAGUUUCACAGACAACUUGAACAUCGUUUUCCGUCAUGCCAAUUCGUGGCUGUCAUUUGCUCCUGUUCUCGAAGAAGACUUGAGAAAGAUGUCACUAAACUCAUUGGCUGUGUGUGGGCUAAGGGGGUGUCGUUCGUGCUCAAGUGCACUUGGCAGUGGCACCAUGGUGUCCCAUCAGCUCUCCCAUUUGUCACAUCUGAAUUAUUCCCUCCUUGCUCAUGUCAUAUCAUUCCGCUGAUGUAUACUCAAUCUCAGCAAAAGCAGGAUUUUUCUUUCUUGCUAACAGAUACAGCACCAUUUCCUUCCUUUUUUUUUCUUCGUAGAGCUGGUCUCUUUGUUUCUGCUUUUGGCAUGCACCAGUCAUGACUGCUUGCAGCAUGCUUUAUCGUCUUGUACGUUGUGCAAUGUACUGCGGAUGUUCCCAGGGCAGCUCAGCUGUGUUCGUGUUCCUCCCGUGCGCGUUGCGAGGACAUUGCUGUGGCUGCACUAUUGUUCUUUUUUUUUUUUUUCGUAUAUCCCUCUCUCCCCCUGUGCCCACCUUGUUUCGACAUUGGUGUGCGCCAUUGGUCUUGUGUUGAGGUUGGCGCCUUCCGCUGCGGGAUAUGCAUAUUGGGGGCCAGGCUGUACAGUUUGUGUAGUGAGACUGCACUGCAGUAUUUGUUUGUGCACUUUUUUUUUUCUCUGAAGUGGUGGGUUUGGAACUCCGGAAGUGGGGUGGGGUGUCCACAUGAGCCUGACACCUCGUAGCGUGCUUGCCAUUUGCAGUUGUUAUUGCGAGUGCUCUGGACCCCUUUCUGCAUUUCGUAAGGGGGUGAGCGUUCGGGCUCUGGGUUGUCUGUGGAGUUUCCUUCAUGUGGCCGGAGCGUGUUUUUGAGUAAGAGUCAGAGUGUAUUAUCCUGCUCGCUAGAGUUUUCUUGCUUUUUUUUCUUGCAUUUCUCCAUUGUAAUAGAGAUGUCGCGUAUUAGUGCCCACCACCUUACGUGGGCUUGCCACUCGGUCCUAUACCCUGUAUAUUUGCUCUUUUACUCUCUCCUGAUUGGCCAAACCCGUGCCUCUGCCUCACUAGCACGUCUUUACGAAGCAGUGCCACUCUAGUGCUUGCGGGAAUAGUAUGUAAAGGAGAGAAUGGCAUUGGCACAUGGGUCCAAUUUCUAAGGGUGUGCGAGUGAUUCCUGUAACUGAAUUUAUUACGUGUAGUAUGGAGGUGGUAUUGAAUCAUGCCUGGCAGUUUCUCAAAUGCCUGAAGAUUACAGAUUUAAAUUGUGAAUUUUCAAAUAAUUUUCUAAUUGUGCCAGCUGCCCCUUACAUUAUGAUUCAGUAAAGAAUACACAAAUUCUUUCCGAUACAUGCUUUUGUUACUAAUGAACGUGAAAAAAAAAGAAAGGCCGAAAUUUGGAAGAGUAGCUAUUAAUGUGAAAUAUGGAAAAGGUCAAAUUCGUUGUAAGAAAAUUUGUAAUAGUAAUGCACCCCUACUGAUAUCUUUCAUUGUAUCCUUGUGGUACGCAGCUGCCAAGUGCCAUGGCAUGCUGCAAACUAGCUCACAGUCGGCUUCCAUCCCACUGAGUGUUAAUGCUCUCUGCUAGUGAGUGGCACCUAUUAACUUAUUCAUUCAUAUUUAAGCACAGUAGCUACAGUAGUUUAUCUUGUAGGUUUUUUCACAUAAGAUAACAGAAAAAAACGCCUCGUCCAUCUAUUUUUAUCGCUAUUAAAAACACCACUGUACAAAAACCUUGGCUUGCCACGACGAAGCCAGCAGGACUGCUUUCGAAUGCCUCCGUGGCAGUUCUGUGGGGGCUAAUACUCUUGCAUAGCCUAUGCGUUCCUUUGUUUUUGUUGUGUUUAACAAAGCUAGCUGUGUGGCUUUGUGUUUGUCGGACAGUUUUUUUUUUCUUUCCUUGGAUUCGUUUAUUUUUUUAAGAUACUAAUAUUUUUUAAAGCCUCCCCGUUAUUAUUAUUUUUUUGUGUGUGAAUGCCACAGUCAGGCAUGGUUUAUUGUCUUAAGUACCAUCUCGCAGCUUUUAACAGCUGUUUCUUCAUACUAGUUUUUAUUAGCAGACUUGUCAUUACUUGUUGCAUAGCGUCUCAGAGUGCUGUAAAUAUUGUACCAUAAGCAUGUUGUUGUUUACAUAAUUACAUAUGCCAAAUAUCCUCUGUGGAUUUGCGAAGCCUUUUUUUUUUUUUUUUUUUUUUUUUUUGCUGCCAAUCAGGUCUGUUCUUCGCCUUUGAGGUGAAAGCUUGCCUCGGCGUUUUUUGUCCCUGCCCUCGAGAGUGCAAAUGAGAAGGAAGUUGGAGGGACCUUUUGAUGUCAUUGGCAAUUUAGUACUUACACAAAGUGUACUUGUAUAUAGGAGUUCAUUGGCCUCCAUGGUGUACAGAAUCUAAAACUUAACUUGAGAGCCCUUUGGGGUGCAUUAUUUAUACACUGAAAUAAAGAUUGUUAGACAAAGUGCAA